ACCUUCGACUGGACGGGGAGUAUUAUUCUGCUGCGCAAUGGCCUUCUCAGCCUAGAUAUCUUCACUUCUGGCACCUCCUCAGCCAAGAAUCGCUGGAUGCUGAUUAUGCAUUGAAGAUCAACCUUGGACAGAAGUGGAUAGCUGAUUACACCUAUCGAUUCUUCCGGGAUACGCCAAAAAAAUGAUACUCGUGAAGGUGGACAAAAGUGCUGCUAUCGAUGUACUUGUCACUAAACUCCUCGCUUGUCUACAAGGUUGCGUUGAUGGAGCACAUCCGCAACAUUACGCUUCCAGAGCCAAGAAAUGUCUCCCACAUGCCCUUCGCAUCAUUGAGCUGACAGGGGCAGUUCCCCUUGACGGCUCGUUUUUCCGAGCGGGUCUUGCUUGCUGCAAAGAAAUUUUCCUCGGAUGCUCAGCGCUAUCUGACAACGAAACUGAGGACUCAGAAGAUAUGCAGAGACGCUUGUUCGAAGCAGGAGCUGCGCUGCACACAGCUAUCUGCAUCCCUCAAGGCCCUCUGGGAUACGUCUACCAGCCAGACGACUCAUUCCUGUAUUGGUAUGGGGAGUUUACCUGGGCGCACGAUGCCCGUUCUUCCCAUGAAUUUGAGUGGCUCAUUGAUUAUAUUUGCGAACUGCGCGAGCUCGAGGGUUAUGAAGUGGAGGAUACUCUUGCGGAUGCACUCCUGGCACUUAGUGCUAUGAAGAGUCUCGGAAGUCGAACAAGAGAGGCAGCUUAUUUGGAAGCCCUCUUGUGGUCUAUGGGGCCGGAACAGCCUGCCCGGUUGCGUUAUGCUGCCUUGCGUGCUACAUACGAAACGCGAAGAACACUACUAGCUGCCAUAGGAGAUACAGAUGGCUAUGCUAAUUUACGGGAGAAACUACUUGCGCUUUCCCCCGCCAUCCUCACCGCUAUCUCCCCUAGUGUGGAAGGUAGCCACGGUGUCUUGUUCGAUGAAGGACGUGAUGGAACUUACUUGAAACUCCUCUUUACCCUUGUAAAGAAUCCUGCGUGGUGCAGUCGCCUUUCCCUAGACGACCACAUCAACAGGUGCAUUAGUCUGAUGGCGGAAGCCGCGGACAGCAACCCUCACGCAUUCUACCUUGCCGGUAUUUUCCUGCGGAUCACGGCUGUCUCAAAGGUUUUGGAACUUCCACUCGAUGAUAUGUUCUCAAGGGCGAAAUUAUCGCCACUCGUCCCUGGCGCAUGGGAUGCAUUCCCUAGCGUGUAUCUCUCAGGCAACGAUGAUUGUGUGGAAAUCUUGCCAGACCUUACAGAGUUGACGCUUGAAUACAUUCCGUUGGACAGAUUUGCACUUGAAACGCUUCAUGAGCGAAUAGACUGGGUGCUAGAUGUCCUGAGAAAGUACUCAGAGCCUGAGAGUGUUAUUUCCGCGGUGGAAACAUUAUUAAAGGUGGUCAGAACCAGGUUAAACUCACCGCUUGUGAGUAUAUGAUUCAUGAUGGACAGUUUGAUUUACACGUACGUCUAAUCUAUGUAUAUAUGUGUGUAACUGAACUACUUGACAUUGCAACAUUUGCGAUGCUCGUGUUCGGGCCGUCCAAGCUUGCCUUAUGCGGCCCGCUACAGAUGUUUUUACUGGAUAUGCUCCCAACUGAGCUGGAAGUCCGAAGUCUAGGCUCUCAGUGAUGAAUCGUUC